AAGACGCACGUGGCUCCCGUGAUACCUGCGGCGCCAGUGUCGCCAGUGACACCUGUCUCGCCAGUGACACCAGUGGUGCCCACGGCACCCACAAUCCUCAUGCUACUGUCACCCAGGACACCAGGGGCACCUGAGACGCCUGCAGCACCCAUGACGUCAGCGGUGAAGUCCCAGAAGGGACCCACUGCCCCCCAGAUGUGCCUGAUGCGGGAAGCUCCACCCUUGUUGGGCAGCCCGAGAAUAUCUCCACAGUCACUCCCUCUGGCCUCACCCAGAAAAAGACGGCGGUGGCUGGGAGAAUCUGGAGAGGUAUAUUUAAAUACCUUUGCUGUGGGCUGCACAAUAAA